GGGAACCGUGAUUAAAACAACAAAUAUUGAAGUAACUACACGACUGCAGUCUGCCAGUCUGGCGAUACAACAACUGUGAACAGACGGUGACAUAUCUUCGGGGACUCGGAAACUCGGAAAGUUUGUUUCACGAUGAAACAUUGAUGGCGCGCUACGUUGACACGUCACGCUGUAGUCGUCGGUAGCCGUUGUCCGUUGAUCGAACAUGGAAGUCCCGGACAUUGCGAACGAUUCACAGACGGCCGAGAACAGCGAUCGCGUCGACAGCAACCAGGUGGUGGACGAUGACGAGGAAGAGAACGAGAAUUGCUCGCCAAGCGCGGAUCAAUUGAAAGUACUUGAAAAAUGUCAACUGAAAACGACCAUUGAAGAUCAAUUGAAAACAAUCGACAAAUACCAACUGGAAGUACUCGGUGAAGACCAGCAUAAAACUAUCAACAAAGAUCAAGUGGAAGUAGUCAGUGAAGACCAGCUAAAAGUACUUGGCGAUGUUGUCCGACAGCAACGGGAUGAGCUUGACUACUAUCAGCGACAGCUGGCCAUCAACGAGCACAAGUAUCUGACAGAUGUCAGCGAUCUGCGAUCGCAGUUACAGUCUUCAAAGAAGAUGUACGACACAGCCAAGCACGAGAAGGAAGCUGCUUUCAUGCGCUACGUACUCAAGGAAAAGGAAAUACUAGACCUGAGCACCGAAAAAAAAAAACUGAUGGACAAUCUGAAGGAAAGGGAUAAGCAGAUCGCACGGUUGAAAGCCAACUCCAAAGAUGUGGCCAGUUGUACGGGCGUAAUAGAAACAAAAAAUAGAGAGAUCAAGGAAUACAAGACUAUAAUUGACUUGCUCAAAGAUGAGAAGUCAAAGAUUUCAAAAGACUUAGAAUUCUGGAAGACCAAGUAUGAACAUGAGUCAAAGUGUUCACAUGAAACAGAAAGUAAAUUAUUGCACGAAAUACAAGAAUUGCAGAAUAGAUUGGAAUUGUUGACCAAACAAAAUGAAUCAUUUAACGAAGAGAGUAAUUUAGAAAAGAUUAUACUGAACAGUAAAUUGUAUUUGGAUUUAAAGGAAUGUUCUGAGCAACAACUUCAAGAGGUGAACAAAUUAAAAAGUGUUAUAGAAGAGCUGAACUAUAAACUAACCAAAUGCACUUGUACUGUUAAUUCUUUGGAAAAUGAAAAUAUUGACCUUAAAACUUAUAUGAAAAGUUGUGAAAUCAAAACCAACGAAUUGCUUGUGUUUACAGAAAGUUUGAGUUCGCGGAAUGCAUCGCUGCAGUCGGAAUGUCUAAAUUUACAAACAGCUUUAGACAGAUUAAAAAGCAACUGUGAUAUAUUAAAACAAAAAAACAAUGAUCUCAAGAUUGCUUUCAGAGCACAAGAGGAUAGCAUAGCAAAAGAAAAAGAGCUUUAUGACUGUGACAAAAAAGAACUAGCCAGUCAUUUGGCGCAUAAAAUGCAAAUGAUAGCAGACUUGAAAACCACAUUGGAACUCACUCAAGAUGAUUUGCACGUUUCUAAACGGAAGUUCAAAACUACUGUGGCUGAGCUCACUAAAGAGUUACAGAAAAAAAACAUUGUCGACACUUCAGUUGAAAUGAAAAUGGUCUUGGACAAGAUGGUCAAACUGCAGCAAGAAAAUGCCAGAAUAUGCGAAAAGCUAGAUUUUGUUGAAGACCACAACAAGCAUUUGCUGUGCGAACUAAAGAAAAAAAGUAGUAUUACGCAAAGACAUAGUAUACCUGGCAUUAAGAAUGGCCUUAGUCAGAGUGAACAGAAACCAGAACGUUACUAAUAAUAUGUGGACUAAUGACAGUCAACCUAAAAUAUUAUCAUUGUAUUAAUUUAUUGGUAUUCGUUAUUAAUUUUGAACUUUUAUUACAAUCUAAGUUUUUAAUCUAGUCCUAUUAUAUUAUUAUUGAUUUUCAUCAUUGUGAACAUUGUUACUCUUUAUAAAAAAAAAAAGAAAAAUGUAUAUUUAUAACCGUGACGUUAGUUCUUACACCUAGCAAUAAAACUGCAAUAAAAAUGUUUUGGUACAUUUUAGUUCAAGGAAAUAACAUUGUAUUACUGUUGUAGACAUUGAUUCAUGAUUCGGUUAGGCAAAUCACGUUUAUACUUAAUUGUGUUUAGCUGUUUGUUUUCCUAUUUGUGUGUUGUUUACUCGAGUUCAUAAAUUUCAACUGUGUUUUGAUUUUUUUUUGUAAAUAUUCCGCUAACAAGAUGUCAAUCAAAUAAGUAUACAAUUAUUCAUAUUUCUGAAAAAUUGUUAAAACUAAACUUCCAACUUGGCUUACUUCUUGUAUUGAAAGCAUAUACAUGAUGAAUAUACGUAUUGGGAAGUAAUCUAAUAUGCAAAUUAACUGUUUAAGAAUAAUGUUUUGGACAAGGUUCGGGUUGAAGACUCUUAAAAAAUUAAACGGGAAAAAACUUCAACUAAACACAAUUACUUCUAGUUAAAAUAGAAAUACUGCAUUUCAUAAAAUAUCUUCAUCAAUUUAGCAAAAGAAAAUGAUUUUGGUGACUAUCUCAUACCCUGUCAAGCAAUAUGUUCCAAGUGGCAUUAUACUGAUGAAUGGUGCCAUGAUGGGCUGCUACGUUUUGAUUAUGUUUUAAUGGAUAUAUCGAUAAAAAAAACUUUAAAAGUAUGCCAAAUUGCCAUGUUAGCCAGUCAAUUUCAAAUACUACUCAGAAACAUCUGAUAAACUUUGAACAGAACAUAAUAAAAGCGGGUCCAAGAAAUUAAUAACUCGCGACACUGUUAUUGCCUCUAUAAUGUUUGAAUAAUAAAAAAAUAUUAGUGAGACGAAAUAGAACUUUAAUCCAAUUAAAUAAUUAUCACCAAAUGACUAUUAAAAAAAAAAAUGACUAUAUUACUUUUGACACUUAGAAAAA